AUGUGUACAGGGGAGGACAGGAAACCAGCACGGAAGAGCUGCAUGAAAUGCGAGAUCUCCAUGUGCGUCCAGCACCUCGAGGCCCAUCUCACCACACCUGUGUUGCUGCAGACUCAUCCCCUGACUGAACCCAUGGAUUUGUCUGGGACCAUCAAAUGCCCACAGCACGGCAAACUCCUGGAGUACUACUGCUUGGAUGACAUGACCUGCGUCUGUGUUUCCUGCGCCAUUGAAGACCAGCACCGCCUACACAAUAUGAAGACCUUCGUCACGGCUCACAAAGAGCUUGUGGAAAAGCUGAAAGCAGAGGAGCAGGCCUUACAGAUGAAAACAGAGGAUGAGAAUGAGAGUCUGGAAAAGUGGGACAAGAGUGAAAGACAGAAGCUGAGUAGCUGUAGUUUGCGGCUCAUUGAAGCUCUGUCUAACCUGCGCGACAUUUCCCUGAAUAGUGUCCAGAGUUCAGUCUCUGCUCGCAUGGUGGCCAUAAAAACCAGCAAGACCAGUAUACAGGCAGCACAGGCCGAGAAGGACACAUUCAGAUUCCUGCAGAUGUAUUCUCAGGUGCAUCGAGACGUGGAAUCAGCCAAGGCUGUGGAUCUGAGGAAAGGGCUGGAGCCCGGUAGUGAUCGUGACAAACUGAUCCAAGAGAUAAAUCAGGGUGGUGCGAAGAUGAUGCAGCAAGCAGAAGAGUUCUGGUCCUCCUUGUUGACUCUGGUUGACCCUGAAAAAGACCAGAAGCCCUUUGCUAGUAGUCUAGACCUGUUCUUUGAAUUGCAAAAUUUGGGCUCUGCCAUGUCACUCUCCCAAGACAAAAGGAAGGUUUUUCACAAUAGCUGGCUAGGGGAAUCCUCUGCAACUCUUUUCAUCAGUAACACUGAGAAAAUUCCAAACUUUCAGAAGUGGACAGUCGGUCUCUCCAAGAAGCUUCAGUGGACAAUUGGUUUGUGUGAUAAACAGUCUUCAGUAAACUUGGAGUGUGGACCUGUCUAUGGACUGUGCUGGGAAGAUAACCGCCUCAGCUGUCUUAAAACAGAGUAUCAAACACACUCUGACGAAUCACACAUCUCUGGCCAACCCAAGAGAAGUAAUGUAAAUAAGACGGAGGUUGAACAUAAGGCCAAUCUGGGACCUGAAAUGGUGGAGGUGUUUUGGAACGUGGCUGCCUCUGUGCUGACCUUCUACAACAGAACCGGACAGUACCUGAGGGAAGAAAUAGUCACUAUUGAGCUGAGCACCAACAACUGCAACCUGGCCCCAUUUGUCAGACUGGGAAAUGAAAUUGCCCAAAAUAGACCCCAGCACCAAGGGAACCCCUUUGUGAUGCAUACCCACUCAAAGAGAUAUCAACAGCCAACCUAUUCCUAUGGAAAUCCCCUACAUAAAACAGAGUUGGUUUGUGAGCUUUGCUAA